UCGGAUUUCAGCCUCGGAGCAAGUCACACACCGACACGAAAACCUCUGUAGGUCUGUAGAUAAGUUUUUCUCGUGGAGAUUCAAGUUUAAGCUAAAAAGCCAAAAUGUGUGACAUGAGCGCUCUGGAUAACCUGGUGGCCAACACGGCCUACCUGAAAGCCCAAGGCGGAGACGAGAAGGAGCUGCGGAAAAGACGGCAGAGUCUUGCCCUUCCCAAGCCGGGGAACUGCGUGUCCGUCAGGACGUCCGUGGGACAGGACUUCGAGUCCCUGUGUGAGCUCCAGCCCAUCGGGAAGAAGUUAUUCCGAAAUUUUCUGAGUGAGACGCCCGAGUACGCCGUCGCUGCGGAGUUCCUGGACGAGCUGAACGAUUGGGAACUGGCUGAAGGAGCCGCCAAGGACAAAGCGUGCACCAACAUCAUCAACCAAUUCUGCAAGGAAGGAUCCAAGAGCUUCCUGUCCUGUCUGACCGGAGAAGCUCUGGAGAAGUGCAAAGCGGUGACGGAGAAAGAUUUCGAAGUCGUGAUGACGGGAAAAGUGAAAGAGGCCGUCAGAGAGUUCCUCAAAGGCAAGCCGUUCAUGGAGUACAUGCUGAGCCCUUUCUUCGACAAGUUCCUGCAGUGGAAGCAGUACGAGAAGCAGCCCAUCACCGAGAAAUACUUCUACGAGUUCAGGACGCUCGGGAAAGGCGGAUUCGGGGAGGUUUGUGCGGUGCAGGUGAAGAACACAGGUCAGAUGUACGCCUGCAAGAAGCUGUGCAAGAAGCGUCUGAAGAAGAAGCAGGGUGAGAAAAUGGCCCUGAUGGAGAAGAAGUUCCUGGAGAAGGUGAACAGCCCGUUCAUCGUGAGUCUGGCGUACGCCUUCGAGACCAAAUCCCACCUGUGUUUGGUGAUGACGCUGAUGAACGGUGGGGAUCUGAAAUACCACAUCUACAACAUCGGCGAGAAAGGCAUCGAGAUGGACCGGAUCAUUUACUACACGGCUCAGAUCACUACGGGAAUGCUGCAUCUACACGCCAUGGACAUCGUGUAUCGAGACAUGAAGCCGGAGAACGUUCUCCUGGACAGCCAGGGGCAGUGCCGGCUCUCGGAUCUCGGCCUCGCCAUCGAGCUUCCUCCAGGGAAAACCACGACUCAGAAGGCCGGGACCGGAGCGUACAUGGCUCCUGAGGUCCUGACCGAGACGCCGUACAGGACGGAGGUGGACUGGUGGUCUCUGGGGGUCAGUAUUUAUGAGAUGGUGGCCGGCUACACGCCGUUCAGGGGCCCCGAUGCCAAAAAAGAGAAAGUGGACAAAGAAGAAAUGAAAAGACGCAUCAUCAACGACGAGCCAGUUUUCGAGCACAAAAACUUCGAUCCUCUCACCAAAGACAUCAUCCUGCAGUUCCUGAAGAAGAAGGUGGACGAACGCCUCGGCUGCAAAGGUGACGACCCCCGGAAGCAUGAGUGGUUCAAAUCUAUUAAUUUCGCCCGUUUAGAGGCAGGAGUCAUCCCUCCACCGUGGCUUCCCAAACCCAACGUCGUCUACGCUAAAGACACCGGAGACAUCGCCGAGUUUUCCGACGUUAAAGGCAUCGAGUUCAACGAUAAGGAUGAAAAAUUCUUUAAAGAGUUCAGCACAGGCGCCAUUUCCAUCCCCUGGCAGAAAGAGAUGAUCGACACCGGACUUUUCGACGAGCUUAACGACCCGCACAGGAAAGAGUCCUCCUCCGGACUGGACCUGGAUAAGAAAUCAGGCACGUGCGCAGUUCUGUAAACAGACACGCAUAACGCUUCUUUACGCUUCCUGAACACAGGAGGAGCACGGAAGAUCAAGAGCCAAAGCGGCUCGCUGGUCAUAUAGGAGUGUAGAUAGGAGUGUGUGUCGUAUUGUUCUUCUCAAGCUGCGACGGUGCGUAGGUGUGUAUGUGUCUGUGUUGAGAACGCUUUGGGGAAUUUCACUGUUCCUGCUGUUCUUCCUCGCUUGCUUUUGUGCAGUAGUAAACCUGCUCACCAGCAGGGGGCACCAACAAAACUCUCCAUCUCAACGGAGAUGCUUUUAGAAGAGUAGUGUUCGAGCGCAGGUCUCCUAAAAGUAAAAGUAAAAGUAAUGUGAUUUCUAGUGUGUGUUCAGUAACCACAUAGCACAUAGUCAGGAUUUAAACAUUUAAACAAUCAGACCUCAGACGUUACUCAAAACUCUACUCAGAAGUUACGCGAGAGUUACGCGUAGUUACGCAAGUUACGCGAGAGUUACGCAUGUGGGGGCGGAGUUUGAGUAAAACACAGGCGUGUCUCAGUUCAUUGGUCAUUUUUCUUGCAUGAUUUUUCAACUCUUCUGGACUUAAGUUCUCAAUUCUGAAUACAGCUCACAGCUUUAUGUCUUGAUGAUGUCUGACCUUUGUGUCUCUAAAUAGCUUUUCAAAUGAACUAUAUGUAUAAAUAUGUAUAUAUAUAUAACCAGAUAUACUAAAUACUUUAUAUAUAAUUGAGAUAAAUAGAUAUAAUAGCGGUGUUAAGAGUAAUUUCUGUUCCAUGGUGACUGGUAAAGAGGAUUUGAUGAGGCAUGUCACAUAAAUCAGAUAUAGUUAAAGAAAAAUCCUUCGGUCUGUAACGAACAAUAAUAAUAAAUUUAUUACGAGUGCACGCGUUGUGUAAAAGUGGAUCAGCUGUAUGAUGAGUUUGCUGUACAUUUUAUUUUACACUUGAUGAUGUAUAAACUGUGUAACAGCAUAAAGAAGGAGAAAAGAAGAAACAGAAGUCUGUUUGUUAUUAUAAAAACAUUUUAUUUCCAAAAUUGAUUGUAAAUAUUUAUUUCCAUAAGAGAGAUUUCCACCACUGCAUUCGUGUUUAAUUCACUUUUAUUCCUGAUGAUGAAAUGAAAACAUUAUGUGACAAAACUGUAUAAAUGUUUAAUAACUAUGUAAUAGGAUAUGUUCUGGGUUAAUAUGUUAACGUAAUAAUGUACAUAUAAUAUUAGCGUGAUAUUUUGCAUAAACAUUAGCAUCCACAGGGAUCUGAUUGGUUUGUGAAUGAUCACAUGAUUCAAC